AUGGUUGCCAUCUAUGAGAUCUUGCCCAAUGAACUUUUGGAUUCAAUUCUUGCCUUCCUCCCCUUGCCUGACCUCGAGGCAUUCGGCCUCACCUCGAAGCACUCCAAAGAGGUCGCUCAGAACCGCCUGCAAAUUCAGCGAGAUGUAUACCGCAAAGCUGCAACCUUCAAAGUGGAUGCCUUCUGCCAGCGAGGACCUGUUCCCUGGCUUGCGCCAGUAAUUCAGGUUCUCCGUGAGCCAUUCUUUGGAACUUAUAUCCAAAAUCUGGAUACGGACGUCUUUGCAGCAGACAGGACGCUUGCAGUAUGCUUGAAACAGAGACCCGGGAGUACUAGACGCGAUUUCGUGCCUGAUUCCGACUGGUCGCUCCUCCAACAGGCGGCACAGAGCUGCUUCGCCGACUGGUUCCAUGUUGACAAUGAGCCAAAAUAUCGGGAGCUUUUCUUCAACAGUGUCAAUAAUUUGGAGUCUUCGGCACUCCUCGCCAUAUUAGCCUGCCAUCUCCCAAAUCUCCGAGUCCUCACACUCUCCACCGAGUGCUAUGGUGGGAUGGUGAGUCUCCCAUGGUUUUUAAGGUUGGCUCAGAGCGUUCAUCUGAGCCCAAAGGCACCACUCCUCGGUGGUGAACCCUUUACUCGUCUAGAGCAUCUCAAGGGCGAUUCAUACAACGGCAUCUAUGGCUUGGAUUUCCAGUCCAUCGCUCCAUUCAUCGCACUCCCAAGUGUACGGUGGCUUGAAACGCCGCAGAACCACGAGCAGGGGUUUAAUUGGCCAUCCUACCUCCCUCGAUCCAAUGUUAGAGAGAUCGUGCUCGAUGGGAGUUCGAUCCCGGAGAAUGUCAUCAGGAAAUUCGCUGCAGAGGGCCUCAAAGGCCCCUGUGUCAUCAGGCAAGCGUGGACUGUCAGGACAGAUGGCGAAACGCCUUCCCCAACAUGGAACCGACUGGAGAUUCCUUUUGCAGGGGCCGAGGCGGAGGACCAUAUAGUAGAGUUCAGACUAGAUAGAGAUCCUUACAUGGUACCAUUCGGUGACCCAUGGUACUCGAAUAUCGGAUGGGAGGUUAAGGGUGGAGGAAGUCUGCUCGGGAACAAACCAGUUCUGCACGCGGAGGGGAUUUAUUGGCACACUCCAAAAAACCAGUAA